UACAUGACCAAGAUGGCGGACUGAUGAGUUGUGUAAAAUACAGUGCUCCUCUUUAACUAUUGUUUAAGUGAUUAAUACUUAUUUUUUAUUACUUAUUCCAUAUAUAUAUAACUUUGUUACCAGUUCGACCAUCAAGUGUAUAAUAUAAUUGAUUAAAAUUCCUUGCCCGUUAAACAAUAUCAAGGGUAUAUGUAGUCUCAGUGCUGGCCUCAUGGCUUUGUGAACUGGUUGUUUUUUACCCAUUAAUUUGCUGUUCAUAUCUUAUCAAUUGAUUAAUUCAUUGUUAUUACUGGUGUUCUACGAGUUUAUGUGACAAUAAGUUUUUGGUGCUACUAAGUGGUAUGCAUACUGAAGGCGUAUUCAUCAUUACAUUAUUUUUUUAUGGUUAUAUAACUUAUUUUUGGGUGUAACAUCAUCGCCUGGACCUAGUGAAGAUCAAUUUAUAAUAAUUUUGUAUGUUAGAUGUCGUAACGUUUAUAUUAUCAAUAGUUAUUAUUAAUAGAUGUCGCCACUGAUAUCUUGCUAACUGAUCUUGUUAUUAGCACUCACUAAUGUCGCUGUCAUCAGUCAGUCAGCUGACUGGUGUAUAAUAAUAUACAUAAUACAAUGUCAACACAAAGGACACCUACAAAACGUAGUAUGUCUCUUGAUUUGGAGAACGAUAUAAAUAUAAAUGAUAUAAAUAUUGUGAUACCACAACUUGCACACAAAUCUAAUAUGUCUCAAAAUAGUAUAAAUAAUGUCUUUUCGAAGUCAUCUACACAAUCUUUGGAAGAUAAAAGAACUCGUGGUCGACCACCAAAAAAUAAUGAGACAAAAAAUGAGCCAAAAAAUGAUUCAAAAAAUGAUGUAAAUAUUGUCGAACAGCUUAAUCAACUCAAACAAUUUAUUGAACAACAAAAUAAUUCAUUGCGUAGUGAUUUUAAUGGCAGUUUAAACUUGAUUAGUAGUGAUUUUUCCACAAAAAUUAAUGGCAUUAGUUCUCAUAUUGAGUCUUUAGCUGGUGAAGUUAACAAUAAAUUUAAAAGUAUCGAAAAUGAUUUAAAGGAUACAAAUAACCAAGUUGUUGAUUUGUCUAAUACAAUUGACUGUCAUACUGCUCAAUUAAAUAAAAUAAAUGUUGACGUAAACAAUAACACCGAAACAAUCAGUAGAAUGUCAAACGUUAUUAUAUUUAACAUACCUGAAUGUACUGAUGCAAAUAUAAAUGUCAAACAACGUUCUGAAAAUGAUAGGAAAACUGUUGAUAAAAUUGUUGAAGCUGUCAUUGGGGACAAUCUACCUGUCAAAAGUAAUGUUAAAUUUACAUCGUCGCGUAUCCACCCAUACUCUGGUACUGAAACCAAGCCACGUAUGACUAAGUCAAAAAUUGGAUACAAUGAUGAAUCAACUAUACAUCUCAACCGAUUUCACUCCAAAUCAACUCCAACAGAGACGUCAGUUGGUAAAUCAAGUAAUGGCUUCUGGUUCAAAGGACUCCAAGGUCCGAUUCAUCAAUGGCCAAUUCAAAAUCAUCAAUCAGCAUCACCACAACCAUCCAACUUAGUUCGUAAUAUUGAGCUGUCAUCAUCACAAACUUAUAGUAUCAACAUGAAUAGCAACUCUUAUCUUACAAACUGGUCUAAUUCUAAUUUUAAUAUUAAUUCACUAAAUUUUAAUUCAUUAAAUUUACCUUUUUCAAUUUCAGAUCCACAUGGUUUACCACUACCUCUUCACUUGUCACAUACUAACGCUGAUGAUAUGAGUGAUAAAAAUAACGUUGAUGACAAGUAUAUUAAAAAUAAUAUUGAUGACAAGUAUGUUAAAAAUAAUAUUGAUGUUCUAUAUCAAAACACCAGAAGCAUCAAAAACAAAAUGUCUGAUACUUUUGUUAAUUCGUUAAGUCAUCAUUACGAAUUAAUUAUAUUAACUGAAACGUGGCUUGAACCAUCAAUAUCAUCUUACCAUUAUUUUGAUAAGGAUCUCUACUUUGUAUAUAGAUCUGAUAGGGUCUCAAAAACAAAGUGCAGAGGUGGUGGCGUGCUUUGUGCGAUCAAUAUCAAGAGCAUACUGAAACAUCAUCAAAUUAAAUUACCUGAUAAUAUUGUUAAUACUAAUGAGAUUGAUACACUGGGUGUAUUUGUUGAACACCAUAAUUAUAAUUACAGGAUUAUCGUGAUCUACAUUCCUCCAGACGUUACUAACAAUAAGAUUACAAUUUUGUGUAAAUACUUAUCAUGUCUUGAAACAUUUCUUGCAACAUUUAAUUGUAAACUUCUUAUUAUGGGUGACUUUAAUCUCCCUAACUUUUGCAACAACAAUCUUUAUAUCAACAACAAGCUUAAUCUAUCUAUUUCAUCUUUUAUUUCCACUGUGAAUCUUCAACAAAUAAACACUAUUCGUAACUGUAAUAAUAAUAUUUUGGAUCUAAUUUUUGUUAACUACUCCAAUUGUUUUAUUAUUACAGCUGAACCACUCGUUCCUCCAGAUAAAUUUCACCCACCUCUCCUUCUUCACUCUUUUAACAACUCGUACUCUGGCAAUAAUUUACCUAUUCACAACGACAAUCAUACUAAUAAAUAUUUCAUCCAAAACUUAAAUGUUUUACAGUACAAAGCACAAUUACGUGCUGUUAACUGGGACCAAUUAUUUAAGCAGGUGAAUGGAUUGGUUAAUCAACAGUCAGUGGAUCAUAUCUGUGAUAUAUUUUACGAUAAAAUAUUUGAGGUAUUGGACUCCAAUAUUAUAACUAACAACACAACGAAAACAAAUGAUUCAUUCCCUUACUGGUACUCGCGAGAAUUAACUUCAUUAUUUAAAAUCAAGGGCAAAUUCAUGUCAAUUAAUAAGGCUAGACCAUCUGGUGCUAACUCUUUAAGAAUUAAAGACAUAUCACUUAAAAUCAAACAGCUAAUUUGUAGGGAUUUAAAGAUUCAUAAUUCUAACAUAGAAAAUAAUGCCAAAUAUCAUCCCAAACAAUUUUGGAAGUCGAUUAAUUCGAAAAGGAAUAAUAACAGUACAGUGAAAUGUCUGCUCAUUAAUGAUAUUAUUACUUAUGAUUCAAUUAUUAUAGCAAGUAGUUUUGCGGAGUAUUUUGCUGAUGUAUUUAACACAAAUGACUUUAGUUCCGCGUGUUCACCGUGUGACAUGUUACACAAUGUGUAUAUUAAUAAUCAUUUAAUCUCAAUUAAUAGUACAGACAUCUCUAGGGAAUUAUUGUCUUUAAAUUCAAGUAACACCUGUGGUCUAGAUAAUCUAUCUAAUGCUAUUAUUAAACUGUGUCCUGACGCCAUUAUUUACCCUCUUCAAUUUAUCUUUAACCUUGCAAUUAAGGAUGGCACUUUUCCUACUCGAUGGAAACAAUCUAAAGUUAUACCUGUCCCUAAGAAAGGUAAUAAUUUGCUCGUUGAUAGCUACAGGCAAGUUUCUCUCUUGCCAAAUUUUUCUAAAAUAUUUGAAAAACUAAUUUAUGAUAUCAUUCUGUCCUAUUUUUCACCGUACCAGUCUCACUCUCAGCAUGGAUUCACCAAAAGACGUAGUACCUGUUCUAAUCUCCUAACUUUCACAGAGUAUGUUAUGUCAAAAUUAAACAACAAUCAACAGGUGGAUGUGAUUUAUACUGAUCUAUCGAAAGCGUUUGACAAGAUUAAUUGGAAUACACUUAUUGUUAAAUUGUAUCAAAUUAAUCUCCCUCUUUGUAUUAUAAAGUUGAUUUCAUCUUAUCUUGUCAAUCGCUCUUGCUCUGUCUUUGUUAAUGGUGAAACGUCUAUGCCUUAUCACCCCUCAUCUGGUGUACCACAAGGGUCUAACCUGGGCCCUUUGCUUUUUAACAUUUAUAUUAAUGAGUUGCCUGAAAAACUUUCAUGUUACUCGCUACUUUACGCUGACGAUACUAAAUUAUAUCUGCCUAUUUCAUCGUUAAUGGAUUGCCAUCACUUACAAUAUAACUUAAACAAGUUUGCAAACUGGUGUUCAACCAAUAGCCUCAGUGUAAAUGCUUCUAAAUGCUACGUAAUGUCAUACACCAGGUCUAAGAAUCCUAUUUUAUUCAAUUAUUGUAUCAAUGGAUGUUCACUACCACGUACUGACGUGUUUACUGACCUGGGUAUCACCUUCGAUAAUAAAUUAUUAUUUAAUUCACAGGUGGAAAAAGUUGCAAAAGCUGCAUUGUCAGCCUUGGGUCUGGUGAUCAGAUUAUCACAUGCAUUUACUGGUCGUGAUAGUAUAAUAUCACUAUAUAAUUCUUUUGUCAGAUCCAAGUAUGAUUAUUGUAUCGCUGUUUAUCCACUUCGUACUGUAAAACAAGCUAAGCUUCUAAAUAAAGGUCAUCGUAGAUUCGUAAAAUACUUAGUUAAAAAAACACAGGGUAAAUACAUGCCACGAGGAUGUGAUGAUGUUUCAUUGGUAAGGGAUGCUGGCAUGGUGACGUUAUCGCUUCGCAGAGACUCUACAAUUAUCAUGUACUUUAUUAAAAUACUUUAUGGUCUUGUUGAUUGUCCAGAUCUAACUGAUAUCAUAAAAGUAAAACCUGACACAGGUAGACUUCGUUAUACUUCGCCAUUUUCUGUACCUAACACUGUUAAAUCAUCGUCAUUGUCUCCUCUUCAGUCAAUGGUGGAGUUGACGAAUUUUGCCUGUCGUAAAACUUGUCUCUUCAACAGGAUCAUAAACAUGGAUCACAUUUCGUGUGACUAUUUAUUAUACUGUCUUCAAAAGUCUCAAGAAUCAUAGCGUCAUAUUGCAAGUAUCCUUUUUCUUCCUUUUACUGUCUUAUUUUAAAUUACUCUUGAGUUAAACAAUACGUUUAACAAUUCGAUUUAACUAUUUAAUAAUCUUAGUGUUAAGUUCAAGGAUGUUUAUUCUGUUAAGUGUUAUUCAGCAUUUAUUUUUUUUCUUUAUAAUAAUUUUUAUAAUAAUGUUAUUAUACUUUAUUGUUGUUAUACUUAUUAUGUCAAGUUAUAUACUUAAUCAAUUGUAUUUUUGUUAUAAGCUAAAUCACUCUGGUAGUGAUUUUACUCUGUAGUCCUUUAAUUGGUAUUUAUACCGCUGGACUUAUGCAAAAUAUUAAAUAAAUAAAUAAAUAAAUAAAUAAAUAAAUGACCGUUGUUUUUUUUUUUUUGCAUCAGGAAACAGGGGGACGUUCUAAAAAUCACAUGGAAACCCGGAAGCGGCGCAGUAGACGAAAAAAUAUAGUGAUAAAAUAAACUUAAAAGUAACUAGAGGUUACUGUAGAUAUUGUAAACAACAAAAACAGCCAUAUUGCAUAUGCCAUUUACUUCUGUUACUUAUUAGAGUUGUGAAAAGUAUUUUUAUAAUUAUUAUUAAUAAUUAAACAAUAAUAAUUUAUUGA